UGACACUUCGAUCCCGGCUGCUGGAUGCAGAUUGGUCAUCCUCCCCUCGUUGUGUGUAGCCGGUGUGUGUGAGUGUGUGUGUGUUUGAGUGUGUGUGUGUGUGUGUGUCUUGUGUAAGGCAGGGAUGAUAUGACUCGGCGCUAGGACCUUGGCUCUGUCAGUGCGCAAAUCCCAGCGGAGCAGCAGCGGCAGCGGCGGCGGCUCCGGCGCAGGAGCCAGUUCGCGCAGAGAGGAGCCGCAGAGGUUGUCUGGGUCCGCGCUUCGAUUCGACCCAUCACCGGCGGGGAGGCGGCAGCAGCAGCAGCAGCAGCAGCAGCAGCAGCACCAGACCGGACCGGACCGGACCGGACCGCGCUGGACCUGAACCCGCCGGGCUCGCCUCCUGUGGUGCGCCGCCGUAUGGGCUCACCAUGCGCAGGAUACGGGCCAACGCCAUCGCCAUUCUGACCGUCGCGUGGAUCCUGGGGACCUUCUAUUACCUGUGGCAGGACAACAAGCCCCAGUCGGCGUCGUCGUCGUCGGCGGCGGCGGCGGCGGCGUCGCAGCAGACCCGCGGCCGGGGCCACUGGCCCAAGGUGGGGGUCUCCGGUCGCCUGGAGAUCCACCGGGACGACAGGACCAUCCCGCUGAUCGUGACGCAGCCGCCGCCGCCGCGGGCUGAGCAGCAGGGUCAGCUGCUGGGCGGCUUCGAUGACAAGGCCUACCUGGCGGGGAAACAGCUGAAGCCGGGCGACGACCCGUACCGAGAGCACGCCUUCAACCUGCAGGAGAGCGACCGCCUGGGCAGCGAGCGGGCCAUCCGGGACACCCGGCACUACAGGUGUGCCUCGCUGAAUUAUGACGGCGACCUCCCGUCCACGAGCGUCAUCAUCACGUUCCACAACGAGGCCCGCUCGACUCUCCUCCGCACCAUCAGAAGCGUCCUGACGCGGAGUCCCCCGGCUCUGAUUCAAGAAAUAAUCCUGAUAGACGACUUCAGCUCUGACCCUGAGGACUGCCAGCUGCUCUCCCAGAUCCCCAAAGUGCGCUGCCUGAGGAACGGCAGGCGAGAGGGUCUGAUCCGAUCGCGUGUGCGAGGGGCCAACACGGCCUCGGCCUCCAUCUUGACCUUCUUGGACAGCCACUGCGAGGUCAACGCUGACUGGCUGCAGCCGAUGAUCCAGCGCGUCAAGGAGGACCACACGCGAGUGGUCAGCCCCAUCAUUGACGUCAUCAGCCUGGAUAACUUUGCCUACUUGGCGGCCUCUGCGGACUUGAGAGGAGGAUUUGACUGGAGUCUACAUUUCAAAUGGGAGCAGAUUCCCAUCGAGCAGAAAAUGGCAAGAAGUGACCCCACGCAGGCGAUCAGGACUCCCGUCAUCGCCGGCGGGAUCUUCGUCAUGGACAAGAGCUGGUUCAACCACCUGGGCCAGUACGACACCCACAUGGACAUCUGGGGAGGGGAGAACUUUGAGCUUUCGUUCCGGGUGUGGAUGUGCGGAGGAAGUCUGGAGAUUCUCCCCUGCAGCCGCGUGGGUCACGUGUUCAGGAAGCGACACCCGUACGACUUCCCAGACGGCAACGCCCUCACCUACAUCAAGAACACCCGGCGGGCGGCUGAGGUGUGGAUGGACGAGUAUAAACAGUACUACUACUCCGCCAGGCCGUCGGCCCAGGGCAAGGCCUUCGGGAGCAUCACCGACCGCUUGACACUGCGGCGGAAGUUGAACUGCAAACCGUUCCGCUGGUACAUGGAGAACGUCUACCCUGAGCUGAGGGUCCCGGAGCAGGAGGCGGUGUCCAGUGUGCUGAAACAAGGCGGCCUGUGUCUGGAGACCCGUCCCGGGAGCGACGUCCUGGGCCUGGCGGAGUGCAGGGUCAUCGGAGGCACCCGGCCGCAAUCACAGCGAUGGGAGCUGAUUGAGCCGCUGAUCCGGCAGCAGGACCUCUGCUUGGCCAUAUCGGCCUUCACGGCGGGGUCAAAGGUCAAGAUGGAGCCCUGCAAUGCGAAGGAGCCCAGACAGAAGUGGAAGCCAAAGGGCCCGGCCCUGCAGCACACGGUCAGCGGCCUCUGCCUGGACAGCCAGAGCCCGGCGAGUCCUCCGGUCAUCGCGGCGUGUCGCCCCCAGGUGGCCAGCCAGUCCUGGGAGCCACAGAUCAUCACCUGAGCCGCCGCCGACGGAGGAGGAGGAGGAGGAGGAGGAGGAGGAGGGGGGAGGGGAGGGAGGAAGGAGGAAGGAGGGGAGCGGGCGGUCCGACCCGGCCCCUUCACGAGGGGCGAAAACAAAAAUUCUGCUGGCUGUCUGUCGCCAUUGCUGGGGGGGGGGUGACGGGAGUGAGGACUGUACUUCUGUGACGUCAACGUCGUCGACGAGAGCGUUUGCCGAUGACAUUUUUCUGCAAAGGGCCUCGCUGAGCGGAACUUCCUGUCCAGUGCUCCGUCCCUCCAGGGAUGCUGCAGCAGCUCUUCUCCUAUUCUUAAGCUUUUCACUGAAAACUGUUGCACAUCUCACUUUCUCUCAAUUUCUGCAUCUGUCCCGGUCGACGAUUUGCUUCAAAGCUGAGUAAGUGUGGACGAAUGAGUGCAUUACUGUCCUGUAGCAAACCGGACCUGCUCCGGGGUCAAAGCCGCCGCUUGUCUUUGUCGCCUUUAGUCUUAGGUUGGGGCGCGUGUCCGCCAUGUCUGGCGACUGUGUGGACCAGGGCAGCUUUAUAUGUAUAGCCAACUACAAUCUGAGCUUCUUUAUUCCCUUUUUUUUAAUUUUAUUUCAAAGCACCAUGCAAAGCGCUGUCAGGAACAUUAUUUAUUGGUUUGCAUGGUCAGACCCAAAGAAUGUUUUUUUUUUCUUCAUUUUUUCUGUCUCUCUCUUUCUCUCUACAAAGUUUUAUGUAAAUAUUUGAAGCAGACGACGACGACGACGACGACGGCUUGGUUUUUGUGUAAAGUUACUCUAUAUGUUGUUUGAAAAAUAAUAAAAUGUCGUCACGAGGAAAUGGUUGCUCUCGUCCAGAGUUGUAAUAUCGUGCUGUUCGGUCUCGACUGGUGAUUUUUUAUCUGCGCUGAUUCAUUUCAAGCAUCAAAGAUGACUUUUUCUUCCUCCCCCCCACAACAACAUGUCUACAGAGACAUGUCAAAGGGUUGGACUGGGCCACCUCAGUUCAGUCCUUUUAUUAUUCCCAAAUGGGAAACUAGGCCUGCAGACAAAAGUCUACAACACAGUCCACAACAAGACCAUCACAAAUACAAAAAAAAACUACAUGAAUUCCUCUUGCAACACCUUCUAUUACAUCUGAUGUACACAUUACAAAGUGCUGAAGUUACAGAAGGCUGAGUCAUGGAGUUGAUGCGUCCUCGACACUCCCAUCCCAGUCCUGUAUGCAAACGUCACCCACACGGUUCCCAGCAUUUCCCUUUUUGAACCAGCCUCUCCGAUGACUUCAUAACCAGCCAGGUCACUGGUUUGCCCCCUGGACAAACAAUGGACUCCUCCCAUCGUCUGCUCCAGAGACAUCAUAAAUAUUUAACAGAGCACCUCACAGAACUGUAGUGCCGUCCGGCCCCGGGCUCCAUAAUUGUCUUAUUUCUUUUCUUAAAUGCUGCCUUGACCAACAUCUGGUUUGACUUUUGCCGGAGGAGGGAGGGCAGAGAACUCUUUGCAUAUUUCCCUGAGUCAUGGAUAUUGAAUCGUAAAUAAAUCUGCUUAAUGCUU